AUGCUGGGAGUGGCCGCACCCCGACCUCCCAAAAGGCCUCGAGGCCCCUCGACUUCUCGCAUCGGCACUUCACCUCGGCUUCACCUCGGCUGCCCCGUCGGCCGCUGCCUCUAUUGGGGCCCCUCGCUCAACGCUGGCGGCUGCCAUGUUUGUGGCCUCUCUGACGACCACGGCCCCACAAGCUGGGAGUGGCCGCACCCCGACCUCCCAAAAGGCCUCGAGGCCCUUGACUUCUCGCAUCGCACUGGGCCGGACUUCCUUCGCGGCAUCGGCAAGACGAGCAUGAGCUGCUUGGGCGCCGUCGCUCACACCCAUGCCCACGCCCUUCAAGAACGUCGCCACCGGCCACCGCCACGCCUACUCCGUCGACACGUAGGGUAUCUUUGUCUGCUAGGGCGAUGGCGCCGUCCUCGAGGUGCCGACGCACAAGCUGUCGGGCGACAUGCUUACCAUGACGUUCGGCAACGACACCUGCAUCCUCUAGGGCAGCGGCCGGGUCCAGUGCUGGGGCGCCGUCUAGGUGCCGGACUAGUACAGGAACAUGGAUUUCCUGGCCAUCGAGGCCUACGCGACGCGGUGUGCGGCAUCCUCAAGAGCAACUACUCCAUCGUGUGCUUGGGGAAGGGCGACCGCUUCGGCACCGGCGGCAGUCUGGUCUACAACAGCACCAUGCCUGGCGCCUGCGCGUGCAAGAAGAGCUGCCAGUGCGACAUCUCCGGCUACGGCACGCUCUGCGGCACCGGUGGCGCAGAGGGCGGCGAGGAGCUCGCCAUCUGCCAGGCCUGCGCGAUGCCGCCGAACGCUUCCGGGAUCUUCAUUACCAACGGCAGGGCGAGUACAGGACUAGCUGUCGCAUGA